AUGGCUCCCAGGACACACUCUGAGACUCUAGAAUCUGGGCUCUAUUGUGGGACUGACAGCCAUGCCAGCCACCUAUCUCUGGUUUUGAUGUUCUUUGCCAAUGUGCUGGUGACUUGGCUCGAAGCUGCUAAGCUCACUGUGGGAUUCCAGGCCCCCUGGAACAUCACUCAUCCAUUUAGUGUGCAAAGACUAGGAGCAGGUCUCCAGAUGGCUGUGGAAAAACUUAACUCAGAACCAACAGGACUUGGGAAUUUCAGCUGGGAGUUCAUGUAUACCAACUCAGUAUGCAGUGCCAGGGAGUCCCUUGCAAUUUUCAUCAACCAGGUCCAGAAAGAACAAAUUUCUGCUCUGUUUGGACCAGCAUGCCCUGAAGCAGCAGAGGUUAUUGGUUUGCUGGCCUCUGAGUGGAACAUCCCCAUGUUUGACUUUGUUGGACAAGUGGCAAUACUAGACAACUCCUUUUUAUAUGAUACCUAUGUGACACUUGUACCACCCAAGCAGGAAAUUGGUGAUGUGCUUCAGAAAAUUCUGCAGUACUUGGGCUGGGAGCACAUUGGGCUGUUUGGAUGCUACUCUGGAGUGUCCUCCUGGGAUGGGGUGGAUGAGUUGUGGAGAGUUGUUGAGCGUGAACUUCAGUCCCAUUUCACCAUUGCUGCCAGUGUGAGAUACACCGACAGAAGUCCAGUCACUUUGCAGGGAGACCUCAGAAGCAUGUCAUCCAUUGCCAGGGUUAUCAUCUUAAUCUGCAACUCAGAGGAUGCAAAAACUGUUCUGCUGGCUGCAGAGAGCCUGGGGCUCAACACUGGGGAAUUUGUUUUCAUUCUCUUGCAGCAGCUGGAGGACACUUUUUGGAAGGAGAUAUUGACACAUCAAAGGGGAGCAUGCUUCCCAAAAGUCUAUGAGUCAGUUUUUCUCAUUGCCCUCAGCUACUAUGGAGAAGGCACUGGAGAGGAUGGCUUCUGGAAGCAAGUCUACCAAAGGCUGAGGGGGCCACCCUUCCACAGCAAGAUCUCCUCAGAGGAGCAGGUGAGCCCUUACUCUGCAUAUCUCCAUGAUGCCCUCCUGCUCUAUGCCCAGACUGUGGAGGAGAUGAUAAAGGCCAGGAAAGACUUCAGGGAUGGACGGCAGCUGGUUAGCACCCUGAGAACCAAUCAGACUAGACUGCAGGGAAUCACUGGCCCUGUGUUUCUGGACUCCCAGGGUGAAAGGCACAUGGAUUACUCAGUCUAUACCCUACAGAAAUCUGGAAACCGGUCCCUCUUUCUUCCUUUUCUUCAUUACCACAGUUUUAAGAAAAUAAUCAGACCUCUGAGGAAUGUCUCCAGUAUUGCUUGGCCCCAUGGCUCCCUUCCUGAAGACAGACCUGGUUGUGGAUUUCCUAAUGAGCUCUGUAAAACUGAGCCUCCUCCUGUAUCAGGUAAACGUGACUGUUUGGCUGCUGUGGUUCUUAUGAUGAUGCUCCUGAUUCUUGUCUUGGGAGCUGCCAUCAUAGGUCUGGUUUUAAAGGUGCAGAGAGGAAAAUUGCAACGCCAUAACAAAGACACCUGGUGGCAGAUCAGUUAUGACAGUAUCACCAUUCUGCCCCCAAACAAGCCAUCCCAGCAAGGCACACCUACGUCAAGAGGCAACAUGUCAACUGGACCAAUUUCUGCAGAUUGCAGCUCCUUAGUCAAGAGUCAGCAGGGUGAAGAGCCUUUUUAUGCCCCCGUAGGGCUUUACCAGGGAAAUCACGAGGCCAUCCGCUAUAUUGGUGACCAAGCCGAAGCCUGGGUUAGGAAGCCAGCUGUGUUGCAGGAAGUCCAGCUGAUGUGUGGAUUAAAGCACGAAAACAUCGUCCCCUUCUUUGGUAUUUGCACAGAACCACCUAACAUCUGCAUUGUCACCCAGUAUUGCAAAAAAGGAAGUCUUAAGGAUGUUUUGAAAAACUCAGACCAUGAAAUGGAUCGGAUAUUCAAGCUCUCAUUUGCAUAUGACAUAGUCAAUGGCAUGCUGUUCCUCCACAGGAGCCCAGUGGGGUCUCAUGGCAACCUAAAACCCUCUAACUGCUUGGUUGAUGGUCGCAUGCAAGUGAAGCUGUCGGGAUUUGGGCUGUGGGAACUCAAGCAUGACUGCGCAUGCAGAAUCCACAAUAAGAAGACCACUGACCACUCUGAACUCUACUGGACGGCCCCAGAGCUGUUACGCCUUCCUGAGCUGCCCUGGUUAGGCACCCCAAAGGGAGAUGUUUACAGCUUUGCUGUUCUCAUGAGGGACUUGAUCCACCAGCAGGAUUGUGGGCCUUUUGAUGACCUUGAGGAGGCCCCAGAUGAAAUCAUCAAUCGAAUCAAAGACCCCAUGGCACUGGUUCCACUUCGACCAUCCCUAUCAGAGGAUAAGGGGAAUGAAAAGGUUAUAGUUCUUGUGAGGGCAUGUUGGGAUGAGUCCCCAGAGAAAAGGCCUACUUUCUCUUCCAUCAAGAAGAUUCUACAAGAAGCCAGUCCCAGAGGCUGUACAAGCAUACUGGAUACCAUGAUGGGCAAGUUGGAAGUGUACACCAAUCACCUGGAGGAGGUGGUGGAAGAGAGGACGUGCCAGCUGAUGGCAGAGAAGAGGAAGGUGGAGAAGCUGCUGUUCACCAUGUUGCCCAGCUUCAUUGGAGAACAGCUCAUUGCUGGAAGGUCUGUGGAGCCAGAACAUUUUGAGUCUGUGACAAUCUUUUUCUCCGACAUUGUGGGAUUCACAAAACUGUGUUCUCUCAGCUCCCCUUUGCAAGUGGUGAAGCUCCUUAAUGACCUGUACAGUUUGUUUGAUCACAUAAUACAAGCCCAUGACGUGUACAAGGUUGAAACCAUUGGAGAUGCGUACAUGGUGGCCAGCGGGCUUCCCAUCCGCAAUGGAACCCAACAUGUGGACGAGAUUGCCACUAUGUCCCUGCACUUGCUCAGUGCCACCACCUACUUCCAGAUUGGGCACAUGCCUGAGGAGCAGCUCAAACUCCGCAUUGGCCUCCACACAGGUCCUGUGGUGGCUGGUGUGGUGGGGAUCACCAUGCCCAGAUACUGUCUGUUUGGAGACACCGUGAAUAUGGCAUCCAGAAUGGAAAGCAGCAGUUUACCUCUCCGGAUCCACGUAUCUCAGAGCACUGCCGGCGCCCUUCUGGCAGCAGGAGGGUACCAUCUACAAAGGAGAGGCACCAUUCCAGUCAAGGGCAAGGGGGAACAAACAACCUUCUGGUUGAAAGGCAAAGAUGGCUUCACUAUUCCACUCCCCGAGUUUACUGGGGAAGAAGCUGAAGUUCCAGAGAUCUCGUGAGGAGGAAGCAAGCCCCAAACUGAUUGGCACACCAGCUUGGACACAAGUUUAGACUGCACGAAUGAUUGUACUCUAACCUGUGGCUAAGCAAACAUGUUCUUCGUGUCUCCAGAGACUUGGUAACUAGUUUAAUUUCUGAGUUCAAUCAUGCAAGGUAUGGAAGAAUCAUCAAACUGCAGACCUCAAAACUUCUCAAAUGCAUUAAAUACAGAGGGACAAACUAACAUGUGAUUUCAAAUGAUAAAGCCACUAAUUAAGUCUAUAUAUGACAAAGAAAAAAAAACUUGAAUUUAGGCUGAUUCUGUCACACUCCCACCAGCUUUCUACCCAGGUUGGGUCAGUCAUUCCAUUUCAUCUGUUGAAUGAUGUGAGUCACGGACACUGGCAUCUUCAGGAUCUCUGGAGUGGCCAUUUAUGAGGGUGUGCCGCUAUGUGAUGUCAUUAGUAAUAUUUGCAUUUUUGAUUUUUUGUUGGUUCCAUUCCCAUGAUCAUAAGUAAAUGAAGUGGAAACAGAUACCAGCUUGAUUGUUUUCAGUAAAGGCAAAAUGCAUUAGAUGAUUCUAGAUGUGAAGAUUUCUUAGAGAAAAUGAGAAGGGUAGUAAGACAUCAAGCACAAUAGGCAUAUGAUAGUACCAAAUCUGAUGCUCAGAGAACUUGGACUCAGCCAGAGUCUUUCCAUUGUCCUACUGCAAGCACAUUUAGUUUAGGCAAUGUCACAUAAUUAUGUUAAAUGAAUGUGAAUUUUACUCCUUUUUCAAUCUACUUUCUAUUUAAUCUGUAACUUUCUUUUGAUUAUAGAAGUAU